CAACAGAAGGGAGUCAGUGAGUGCGGGUGCCAGGCAGGUGUGUGUCUGAAUGUGCUCCGCUGUGAAAUUCUUCUGGACGCUGCAGCCCCCUGGGGGCAGUGGGUUCUUUGGGGAGCCAGAUGCCUUUCCUAUGUUUGCCACCAACAACCGAGUAAAGAGGAGACCCUCCCCUUAUGAGAUGGAGAUUACUGAUGGUCCCCAUACCAAAGUCGUAAGGCGCAUCUUCACCAACAGCCGGGAGCGAUGGCGGCAGCAGAAUGUGAAUGGGGCCUUUGCUGAGCUCCGCAAGCUGAUUCCCACGCACCCUCCAGACAAGAAGCUCAGCAAGAAUGAGAUUCUCCGCCUGGCCAUGAAGUACAUCAACUUUCUAGCCAAGCUGCUCAAUGACCAGGAGGAGGAGGGCACUCAGCGGGCCAAGCCUGGCAAGGACCCCGUGGUG